AUGGUAGCACCAGAUGACGACUCAUGUCAAUCAGGACCAACCUGGGAUUCCGAUGUCGCCGACGAGGAUGGGGAAUUGAGCUGUGUUAAGGGUCUCGAUACCUCGUCUCAGUAUUUGGCGGGAAAAUCGGAAAAUAGCGUUGUUGGUAGAGCCGAUGAUUUCGGUUUAUCUGUCUCGGAUCAGUCGAUUUCUCCGAUGACUGAGACUGAUGCGGACGAUUCUGCCUCUACGGAGUCAGCUUCCUCAUCGUCAUCUUCAAUGUCGGAGAUUGUUUCUUAUGAAUCCACAGAUAUUGUGGAUAAAUUUGAAAAUGAUGUUGAAAAGAAGGAGGUCGUGGAUGAGAAAUUGGUUUCUUAUGAAACUGAGAAAGAGGAAAUUGCGGAGAGUGAGAACGAAAUCAAUAGUGUGGAAGAAGCUGAUGAUGGAAGCAAAGAGGAGAAGAGUUUGGUUAGUGGUAAAGUCGAUGAUGUUGUAGAAGACGAGAUUGCUAAGUUAACUUAUACAGAAUCUGUGCAUUUUGAUAAGACCACUCCAAGUAUUAAAGAACCUAAUGAUGCGACUUUUGAAUCUGAUGGAGUUUUUGAAUCGGUUGCUAAGGAAACAUCAGAGGUAGCCAAAGUAGAACCUGUGGAAAAAGAGGAAUCUUUUGUAGCUAAAAGCUCAAAUGUGGUUUCUGUUGAUGCAAAAGAUGAUGAUUCAGGGGAAGGUGGGUGUGAAAGUGAUGAUAAAACUGAAGAGUCGAGAUUUGGGGGUUCAAAAUCUGUAGAACACUUCUUGGAAGAGUUGGAAAAGGUUUCUUCUGGUAUUGAUGGCCAGAUUGUCACUGAUUCUGACGAGGAAGCAGAUACGAAUGAUGAAGGUGAGGAGAAAACGUUUGAUACUGCAGCUUUGGCCUCGCUUUUAAAGGCACUCACUGCUAAUGGAAGUACAGAUGGUAACAUCUCAGCUGGUUUGAGCUCAUCUUUAAGACAUUUGAAACCUGCAGCAGCUCCACUUGCAAACCGUUCCAACAUCUUCCCCAGUCCUAGUGUCACAACGGGUGAAGAGAGUGAGAUUAACUUGAGCGAGGAAGAGAAGCAGAAGCUGGAAAAGUUGCAGAGCCUCCGUGUGAAGUUCUUGCGGCUUCUGCAAAGGCUGGGGAAGUCAGCAGAAGCUUCAAUAGCAGCACAGGUUCUUUACCGUAUCGCUCUACUUGCUGGUAGACAAACAGGGAAGUUAUUCAGUCUUGACGCUGCAAAGAAACUGGCUAUGGAGUCUGAGGCUGAGGGAAAAGAAGAUUUGAACUUCUCUCUAAACAUACUGAUCCUUGGAAAAUCCGGAGUGGGGAAAAGCGCUACGGUAAAUUCCAUCUUUGGCGAUCAGAAAUCGUCCAUUCAUGCAUUUGGACCUUCCACCACUUCGGUGAAAGUAAUUUCUGGAACAGUGAGUGGUGUCAAGAUCACAAUCAUAGACACUCCUGGCUUAAAGUCUUCUGCCAUGUAUCAAACUGCCAAUUCCAAAAUGUUGUCUUCGGUGAAGAAGGUGAUGAAGAAGUAUCCACCAGAUGUGGUUCUUUACGUUGAUCGUCUUGAUGCUCAGAAUAGAGAGUUGAAUAAUCUUCCUUUACUAAAGACAAUCACUGCUUCUCUUGGUCCAUCCAUAUGGAAAAACGCAAUAGUGACAUUAACUCAUUCUGCUUCAGCUCCUCCUGAUGGCCCAUCUGGCUCUCCUUUGAGCUAUGAGACGUUUGUGUCUCAGUGCUCAUUUGUUUUACAGCAGUCGAUCGCGCAAGCCGUCGGUUUGAUGAUGUAUUCGAGUCCAUUGACGCCGGUUUCUCUCGUUGAGAAUCAUUCCUUGUGCAGGAAGAACCGAGCUGGAGAAAAGGUUCUCCCCAACGGCCAAGCUUGGAGACCUGAGCUGCUGUUAUUGUGCUACUCUCUCAAGGUUUUCUCAGAUGCAAUUUCUCUAUCCAAGCCUCAAGAACCUUUGGGGUCUCGAUCUCUCUCGUCCAUAUUGUCUCUCCCUAAGUUGUUGUCUUGGCUGUUGCCAUUCCGUGCACAUCUAAAGCUCCCUGCAGAUCAAGGUGUUGACUCUGAUAUCGAACUCGACGACGACGUGUCUGAUUCUGAGCAGGAAGAAGGAGAAGGUGAUGAGUACAAUCAGCUGCCACCGUUUAAGCCUCUUCGAAAAACUCAACUUGCUAAACUCUCAAAGGAACAUAGAAAAGCAUACUUUGACGAGUACGAUUACCGGGUAAAGCUCCUGCAGAAGAAACAAUGGAAGGACGAGCUGAGAAGGAUGAGACAGAUGAAGAAAAAUGGGAAAGAUGAGGCUCCUCCACCUGCAUCUCCUCCUGUUUCACUACCCGAUAUGGUCUUGCCAACUUCAUUUGACAGUGAUGACUCAGCUUAUCGCUACCGUUCUCUGGAACCUACCUCAAAGUUCAUUACCAAGUCAAUGUUGGAGUUACAAGGCUGGGAUCAUGACUGUGGAUAUGACAGUGUCAUCGCGGAAUACAGUCACGCCAUAGCGAAACGUUUCCCUGCAGCAGUUUUCGUCAAUAUGACCAAAGACAAGAAAGAGUUCAGUAUCAAUCUAGACUCCUCUGUUUGCGCUAAGCACGGGGACAAUGGUUCCACCAUGGCAGGACUCGUUAUCAGGGAUGUGAACGAGCAGCUUAUGUACGUGGUCAAAGGAGAAACCAAAUUCAAGAACUUGAGGAAGAACAAGACGACUCUUGGAGGCUCGUUGAUGUUCUUCAACGGGAACACUGCGACUUGUUUGAAACUGGAGGACCAGGUCACGCUAGGGAAGAGGCUCGUACUUGUUGGAAACGCAGGGACAAUGCGGUCAAAGGAAGAAUCAGCUUAUGAAGCAAACCUUGAGGUUAGGCUUAGAGAAGCUGAUUUCCCUAUAGGCCAAAACCAAUACGUUUUGGGGAUGUCGCUGACGAAGUCCAAAGGAGAAGGUUUGGCUCUCAGAGGCAAUCUCCGAUCUCAAGUCUCUAUAGGAAGACAAACGAAAGUAGGAGCUUUUGCAAGUCUUGACAACACGAUGACCGGACAGUUCACUGUCCGAACCAGCAGCUCGGAUCAGCUGCAGAUCGCAAUCAUGGCCAUUCUUCCUAUUGCCAGGUCCAUCUACAAGAAGAUUGUUCCAUCAGAAUUGACAGAGUGA